AUGCCCCGCUUCAGCAAGGAUGGCUUCCAGGGCCGGACAAACUGGUAUAAAGCACAUAGAGGUAACCUCCAGUGGGAAGACAACAAGAAGGUUCCCAAGGAGAAUCACGUUGUCAAGGUUCCUUUCUUUUUCAUUGGGCGCACGGGCGACAGUGUGGGUCGAAUCGACCUGAUUCACAUGUCGAGGGAGGCGGGAUACUUGCUGGACUUCGAGAUGACAGAAAUCCAAUCAGGUCAUUGGUGCGCAAUGGAACAGCCUGGAAAGGUGGCCGAAGCCAUCAGAGGCUGGGUGAAAAAGAGGUUCCUCUAA